UAUGGAGGACGACGAUAUUAAAGAAAUUGAAGAAAAGAAGGGGAUACACUCUAGAAAUUUGUAUCAACCCCCUUCCAUUAAGACUUGUUUCUUCUACAAAGAUGGUGAUAAGAAUGUGGCCGCUAUAAAACUAACGCUCGAUCCAAAAAUUCAUAAAAAUAUGGGAACUUUACAAGAUCAACUGACAAAACGUAUUCAACUACCUUUUGGUGUUAGAUCAAUAUAUACACCCAGAGGUAGGGAACGGGUCCUGGCCUGGGAGGAUUUAGAGAACGAAGGCCGUUACGUUUGCAGUACUAAUAGAAAUAAAGCUAAAGGUGUCGAUAUUGCGAGCGUUGCUAAACUUAAAGCUUGGAGGGCUAGUAGAGUACCUUCUGGUAAAAAGCAAUAUAACGAAACACUAAAAAAUGAUUCCGAUCAUCCCUUCCAACCAAAUCUACAUCAAAGACGUCGACCGCCACCUAGAAAUGCGGUAUCAGAUAGUGAAAUGGAUAGCUACCGUCCAGCUGGAAAUAAUAAAUUUUCCAAAAAGAUUAUUAUUGUUCGUAACGGUGAUCCUAAUUUACGUAGGAGUAUGCUCUUAAGUAGGCGUGCUCAAAGAAGUUUUGAAAUUGUUCUCCAAGACAUAUCAGGAAUGUUCGGCAAAGCAGUUCACGCUCUUUGGACACCGCAGGGAGAGAAAGUUGAAAGUUUAUCUAGUAUUUUUAACGGUGGUGACACUUAUGUUGUUGCCUUAAACCCAUCCGAAAGAUUUAAGCCAUCCACAAGACCAUUAUCAGAUGACCAAAGGCGAUUACCCCCAACGAGAAAGCCGCCGAAACGCCAGAGAUCCAGACAGGAACACGAUCCAGUUGCUACUAAACUAAAAGACCGCCGAGAAAGAUUGGCCAAAACAAGAGGUAUUUGGAAGGUUUGGGUUACUACCAAUGAACUACCUACGGCCGGAACUCUGGCUCAAGUUACUAUUACAGUUUACGGCCAUAAGGGGAAUUCCGGAUUAAUUACGCUUGGACAUCCUGAAGGACAGAAUUUUCAGUCUGGUCAAAUAGAUGAAUUCGACAUAAAUUGCGGAAAUAUUGGCGAAAUAUAUAAAAUACGUGUUAGCCAUGAUAAUUCGGGUAACUUUCCUGGAUGGUUUUGCGAUGAAGUUAGAAUGGUGGACGCUCAUACAAAUGAAGAAUUGACAUUCUUAUGCAGACGUUGGUUAUCUAGAGAUGAGGACGAUAGGGAAAUUUGCCGAGAACUUCCAGUUGUCAGGAAAGAUGAGGCUGUUCUUCCUGUUUAUAGAUAUCAAGUUACUGUAUAUACCGGUGAUAUUUGGAAUGCAGGAACUGAUGCUAACGUUUAUUUGACGGUUUACGGGGAAAGGGGUGAUACAGGCGUCAGGCAAUUGAUAAAAAAGGAUGACCUGAAAAAAUUUCAGAAAGGUCAAAUUGAUGUUUUUAACAUCGAAGCUGUUUCCCUAGGAAAACUAAAAAGGCUUAUAAUAGGACACGAUGCCAAUGUUCUUGGCGAAGGAUGGUACCUUGAUAAAGUUGUUAUAAAAGAAUCUCCAAAGUCUCAAGAGGAGUGGACUUUCCCUUGCUUUAGUUGGCUCGACGAAGGUGAAGGUGACAAAAAAAUAGUUCGAGAACUAAAAGUUUUAGAAGAAUAUAAAACAGAUCUUGUUGAAAAGGAAUUGUGGGAUUUAGAAAAGUGGAAAUGGAUAGCUGAAAAUCAGCUCAUAUUGUUCUCAAAAUUGACUCUUCAAGCUCUACGAGUAAAUCACGAUGGAUCAGUCGACGUUCUAGGCCAGGACAAAGAGGCAACAACAAUUUUUAAAGUUAUCGUUCGUAGAGGGCCUAAUUUCGUUCUCCAAAGUUCAGAAAAUUCCCGCUUCCAUGUGGCGAUCGAUAAUUGCAGAAUUUUAGGAAAUGGCAAAGGAGGCGGAUAUUGUGAAUUUCGUAUUAGAGUUCAACAAGAUAGAUCUGUUAUGCUAGAGUCUGCAAAACAUGUACUACAACAUAUUACAGCAGCUCAAAACGGAUCUAUGGCUGAUCCAAGAGGAACAAUUACUGGUCCACCACAACAGUUCCAAGUAUAUUGUAAAGGAAUGUUUAGAGACCAAGGCGUAUUAUUACUUUGUACGUCGAUAAUUCAAGCUCUGUCGGUUGAUCAUAAAAACUUGCUUUAUGCAACUGGCGUUAGGAACAGAGCAGCAGAAUUCAAGGUACAUAAAGUUAAGGAAGGAGGGAUCCGGAAAUUUGAGAGUUUGGGAUCAAAAGGAAAAUUUCUAAGAAUUCGGGAAGGACAGUGCGAUUGCUUGGGCGCAGGAGAUAAAUGGUGCCACUUUAAAGUGGUGAAAUAUAAAGAAAAGGGCUAUAUAGCUUUAGAAAGUUUAGCACAAAGAGGACUGUUUGUUGGAAUGACUCCUGAUGGUCAAGUUAGGCCUACUGUGGAUACUGGCGAUAAAAAUACUCGUUUAUGGCCUCAUGUAACAAAAUGGGGUAUUCCGAAAAACAAGCCGAAACCUCCCGAACCGGAACCUGUAAAGAAAACAGAAAAACCUCGAAAACGUGACACUCCAACUCCAGAACCGAAAUCAACACCUGUAUCCCCCACACCACGACAUAAAUCCAAACCUGUCAGUGCCGAAUCAAUCUAUCAAGAUGGAGAUUGGAAAGUUUGGAUUACGACAUCUGAAACGGCUCAAAGAUGUCAAGUAUUUAUGGUUGUUUACGGUUCAAAAAAUAAGUCAGAGUCAAUAUUAUUGGGAGAAUCAAAUGACGGAGAAAUUUUUCAAUCCGAUUCGCAAGAUCAAUUUAAGAUUAAUUUAAAAUCGAUUGGCAGUAUAUACAAGAUAAGAUUGGAAUUAAGCGCUUUGAGUUCAAAGGAUCCCCCAGAAUGGAAAUUGAAAGAUUUGAAGAUGCAAGAUAUGAAUUCUAAAGAGACUCUGAAAUUUAAAUUCAAUAGAUGGCUCUCUCGUCGUCACGAUGAUCAGGACAUCUUCAGGGAACAGCCAGCAGUUAGACCUGGAAAGGCUGUGCUACCCAUCCUGCUCUAUCAAGUUAGAGUUUAUACAGGAAAAGACCCUGGUAGUGACACCGACGCAAAUUUGGACAUUUUUAACUUGGAAGCCGUUUCGUUAGGAGAUUUAAAAAUGUGUCUCAUAGGCCACGAUGGAGAAGGACCAGGAGAGGGAUGGUUCUGUGAACAAAUAAUUAUUAGAGAAAGCGAAGACGCUAAACAUGAAUAUGUUUUCACGUGCAAUAAGUGGCUUGAUAAGAGCAUGGAUGAUAAGAAGAUAGAACGAGCGUUGAAACUCAAAGAAAAAAGACCAAUUCCUAAAGAGGUUGAAGAAAAGAAAGAAGAGCCGGAACCAGAGCCGGAACCGGAAAAACAGGAAGAACCUCCAAAACCGGGUGAAUGGAUCGUUUGGAUAACAACUGGAUCGAAACCUAACAAUUCAACAAAGAACUCUGUUAAUCUUUGGGUUUACGGAGAUAAAGGAAACAAUGGUCCGAUCGCCCUGAAAGAACCUGUUGAAGAUGGACGUGUACCUUUUGAAACUGGGGCCACAGAUGAAUUUAAAGUCAACCUUGGAACUGAUUUUGGCGAAUUAUACAAAAUCCGUAUCGGCCAUAAUGAAGAAGAUCGAGAAUCUGGAUGGUUUAUAGAAAAAAUAAAAAUGAAAGAUCUAGUUUCGAAUGAACUUUUAACUUUUAAAGUCAACCGAUGGCUUUCAAGAAAAGAAGAAGAUUUAGAUGUUUGGCGGGAGUUACCUGCUGUGAGACCCGGAAAAAAGGCUUUGCCUAUACUUACUUAUAAACUGGAAAUAUACACUAGUUCGGAACCUAGUUCUGACACUGAAGCCGAAUUGUACAUCGAACUCCAUGGUAGUAGAGGUGACAGCGGAAGAAGAGUGCUUUAUCACUCCCAAAAUAGCGAUGUAAAAUUCCAGCAAGGGCAAAUGGAUAUUUUUGAACUUGAGGCAGUUUCACUUGACGAUAUACAAAAAAUAAUUAUUGGACACAAAGAGGAAACAAAGGGAGCUGGUUGGUGUCUUGAAAAGGUCAUAGUGCAAGUAGAAGAGGAAAAAACAGAGAAAAUGUUCUACUUUCCGUCUAACCAAUGGUUUGACAAGGGCCAAUCUGAUUCGGCUAUAGAAAGAGAAAUAUUAGCUCAGGAGCCACCUCCAGAAUCCAUAGACCUUUCAAUCUGGGUAGAUUUAUCGGCCUUAGUAAUGAAACAGAUUUUUGGAUUAGUAACCAAUGGAGAUAUUCUUCCAUCGUCUUCUUGCACCGCAGCAUCCCUUGUAGACGGUUUAUCAACUUCUUGUACAACUGGGGGAUUUAUUCGUGCUAAUGGAAAUCCUUCAAAAUACCGUGUUGCCGGUGAAUUCAUCGCCUAUAUUAAGACAGCAGAAAGUUCCGGCCAGCCCAACGGAAGUAAUGCAAGAUUGGUAAUUUACACCGAAGAAGCCGGAAAAAAGGAAUGCGAACUUAAAAAAGAUGAAAGCUUCAAACCAGGAAACAAAGACGAAUUUGAGUUCACCUUAAAGAAAGACUGCGGUAGCGUGUGGAAAAUCCGACUGGAACGUGAGGAUGAGGACUUGUGGGAGGGAGGAUGGUUUGUAGAAGAGGUUAUUAUACAAGACAAAGAGACAAAAGAAGAACAAAAGUUUAUAUACAAUAAAUGGUUGGCUCAUGACAAGGAAAGCUGCGAGACAGUUAGAGAACAAACCAGUGAUGAUAAUAAAGAUCCCCUAAAAAAUUACGAAGUACAAGUAUGCAUAGGUGAUCAUUGGUCUGCAGGAACUUUAUCAGACUUAUAUCUUACGAUUUUCGGUAAACGGGGUGACUCAGGUAAACGCUGGUUACGUAAACAAGAAGAAAUCAACUACGACCGGAAAUCGGAGAACCUCUUCAGCUUAGAGGCGGUGUGCUUACAAGAGUUAGAAUCAAUUACCAUUGGACAUAAUGGUAUCGGUUACGGAUCUGGAAUGUUUUUAGAAAAAAUCAUUAUAAAAGAGGGGUCCAAUCGAUACAUUUUCUAUUCCAAUCGGUGGUUUGAUGAUCACGAGGAUGAUCGAUUAACGGAAAGGGAACUGAAACUAUUCUGUUUGGAUGAUGAUAGUUUAGCACUAACACCAUGCAAAGAAAACACUAAAACUCAGGGUGAAUGGAAAGUCAAAGUAAAGACCAGUGAUCUCCAUAAUGCUGGUACGCAUGCUAAAGUGACUUUGUUAGUUUGUGGAUCUAAGUCUGUCUCUAAAGAAAUAAACCUUGAUAAAGGUGAAGACGAUCAGUUUGAUCGCAACAAAGAGACCGAUUUUGAUGUAAAUGUUGGUGAUAUUGGAGAUAUUAAAAAGAUUAGAGUAUUUCACGAUAAUUCAGGAGGUUUCCCAGCUUGGCAUUGUCAUUCAAUAUUAAUGACCGAUAAGCAUACAAACCAAACUCUUCUCUUUCCCUUUCAAAGAUGGCUAGCCCAGGAUGAAGAAGAUAACGAAACUAUAAGAGAAAUGUCUCCUUUUACAAGUGAAAAUUUAACGACUCCUAUUCUGAGGUACUGGGUAGGUGUAAGGACGGCAAAUGUGAAAAAAGCUGGAACUGAAGGCGAUGUCAAGAUCAAAAUUACUGGUAAAGAUGGCGAUUCAGGAUGGAGAAUAUUGCAGAAAAGUCUGACUAACGAUAAAUGCUGGCAACAAGCAGCUUUUGACGCUUUCCUAAUUGAAUGUGUAUCUGUUGGAAGUGUCACAGGAGUAUCAAUCGAACAUAAGCCUACAGAAAGCAAAGGUUCUUGGCUAAUAGAGGAAAUAGUCAUUAAAGAAAGCGAAUUUGCUCCUACUGAAUGGACGUUUUCGAAUAAAGACUGGUUAGAACCUUCAAAAGAUAACUCUUGCAUCAGGGAACUAUUUGAUCCUCGUAUUCAGCCGGCCUCUAAACUUCCCGAGUAUAGCGAAGAUCGACAAGUGUUUACUUCCAAAGGCAAUUGGACCCUUAAAGCAUAUACAAGCACCGAUACCGAACCAGUCAAAUUGAAAGUCUUUGUCAUGCUCUGUGGCACACUAAGUUCUUCUGAUAAUAUAGAGUUAUUAGAAGCUGAGGACGGUGAAACCGAAGAGAAGAAAGACGAGACAUCAGAAAAAGAAGAGGAAAAAACACAAGAAUUUAAGCCAGGGCAAUUUAAUGUUUUUAAAUUAUCGGUUGGUGAUGAAUUGGGAGAUUUAGUGAAGUUAAGAUUUACAGCUUAUUAUGGAGAAGAGAAAGCUCUCUGGAAGUUACACAAAUUCAUAUUGAAAGACGACGAUACUAAUGCAGAAUUUUUCUCAAUUUGUGACAAGGUUUUAGAAGUGAACGAGGAAAUUAAAGAUUAUACAGUUGAAGUCGGACUUGCUAGACCAGAUAUUCCUCCACUAAUGGAAAAAACGUAUACUAUAGAGGUUAAAACGGGAGAACAGCUGAGGGCUGACACCGAAUCCGAUAUCACUUUAGACCUGCAUGGAGUUUUCGGUGAUACUGGAAUCAGAUUACUAAAUUACUUGCUGGUGGAUGAUCAAAAUAAUGAAGAAUCGAAAGAGAAGAAGAGUGAUGGAGAAGAAAACAAAGAAAAAAAUCUCUCGCCCCUUUUCGAUUUGGGAAAGAUUAAUACAUUCGAAAUACAAGCAGUGGAUAUUGGUAUAUUAAAUGAAAUCAGUUUAGGUCAUAAUUCCAGUGGUAGAGGAAGAGGAUGGUUCUUUGACUAUAUUUUAAUUAAAGAUGCUAAAGAGACAAAUUCAAGUCUCCUAUUUCUGGGUGAUAGAUGGUUGGAUACUGGUUGUAACGAUCGACUCUUGCAUCUAACUUUAAAACCUUUUAUGGAACUUCAACACGACGAGCGAGAAAAGGACGAAAAAACUAUAAACUCUAAUGGAAAAUGGUUUGUCACUGUUAAAACCACAGAAAUAGAACGUACCGAAUAUAAUUUGGUCGUCUAUGAUUCUUUCGGAAGGUCACAAAUUUUCCAAGUAGACAAUUCGAAUGAGAAAGAAAUUGAAUUGACCGAAAUUGGAACGGACGUUUAUAAAAUCAGAAUGGAAUCCUUACUUGAAGAAGGCUCUUGGAAUAUUCUAAAAGUCCAAAUGAAGGAUAAAGAUACAAAAGAAAAAUUAGAAUUUGACUUUUCAAGAUCCCUAAACGAAAAUUUAUUGUCUGUUGAACGACCGCUUAUUAGAAUCGACAAUCCGAUACCUCAAAUUAUUAAUUACAUCAUAUCGAUUCAUACGGCCGAAGAGGAAGUUUUGACUGAAGAAGAAAAUUCUGUUAAAAACUCCGAGGAAUACGUAGCGCCUUCGGUAUCUAUUUGCCUUAAAGGAGAGAACGGUGAUUCGGGAAUAAGAAAAUUAAUAGACAAUGAAAACGAGAAAAAGUUUGACAGCAAUCAGACCGAUGAGUUCGUUAUUGAGGCUGUAGAUUUAGGAUCACUUUCCGAACUAGUCAUUUAUAGAACGGAUGGCGUUAAAUGGCACUUCGAUAGCGUUCAAAUUGUAGCUGGAAAAUUCGAUCAUCGCAAAGCCAUCUUCGAUUGUAACGAAAUACUUCCUCGGGAUGAAGAUACAGAAUCUGUAACACUUUCUUUAACGAAAUAUAUUAGGAACGAUGUUGCAAUACCCAUUGAGGAAGUAGAAGAUCUCACAAAAACAGAAGGAAAGUGGAAAGUAACAACGUGGACCGGUGAAGAGGAGAAUUCCAGUCCUUUACUACCCAUUCACUUGGUUGUUUGUGGUUACACAAAUAGUACAGAGUUGAUCCCCUUGAGUUUGGAAGAGGAUAAAAAACCUUUUGAAUCUGGAGCAGAAGAUAGUUUCGAGAUCAAUAUGACAGCUGAUACAUCUUUUUAUGGGGAUUUCUUUAAGAUAAGACUUGCAUUUGAUCAAGAAAAUGAAAAACAGGACACCUCAUGGUUCUUAAAAAAGAUAAAACUGGAAGAUAUGACCACCAGAGAUUUUUUCAUCUGCGAGUAUAAUGAUGUAAUAAAACUUGAUUCAGAAAAAGACGGAUUAGUAGAGCUUCCUAUCAUUUGGCCUGCAAUACCACCAUUACCUAGCUUAAAUUACGAAAUUAAAGUAACAACUGGCGAUAGAUUUAACGCCAGUAUUGAAGGACCAAUAUAUAUUGAAAUAUACGGUGAAAAUGGAGACUCAGGUAAAAGAUGGUUAAAGAAAUCUGAUCAAGAGACCAUGUUCGCUCAGGGUCAAAUCGAUACUUUCACUAUUCAAGCAGUUCAUUUAGCAAAAUUAUCCAAAGUCGUUAUUGGUCAUGAACAUGAGGAAUCUGGCAAAGGCUGGUACUUAGAAAAAGUUGAGAUAAAAGAUGAAAAAGAAGAUAAAUUGUUCCUCUUUGAAUGUAAUAGGUGGUUAGAUAAAGGAGAAGAUGAUAAUGCUAUCGAAAGAGAAUUAAUGCUAACAGGAGAUCCAAUUGAAAAACCACCUGGAGAAUUGUGGAAAAUCUUCACUGUUAGUGGAGAAGAAUUGACAGAAAAUAAGAGCCAAUUCCUUAUCGCGAUCUAUGGCUCAGAAAAUAAAACUGAAGACUUGCUUUUGUGGGAAUCGGAGGAAUUUAAAAGUGGAGAAUCUCAAGAUUUCGAAUUGUUUACUGAAGUAGCUGUGGGUGAGCCAUACAAGGUUCGAAUUGGCUUUUCUGAAGACAACAAAGAUGAUAAGCCGUCUUGGCUGUUCAAAGAGUUUAAGAUGCAAAAUAUUAAAACGGGAACUGAAUAUAAAUUCAAAUGUGACGAAAGAUCCUUUGCGAUUACGGAUGAAACCGAUGGAUGGAUUGAAUAUCCAGUUUUAAUCGAAGAUGAAAAUACUGAUAAACAAAAUAAAGAUGAGGACAAACCCAACGAGGAGGAGAAAGACGAUAAACCGAAUAAAAGUGAUGAGAAAGAGAAAUCAAAUGAAGAAAAAGCAAAAGAAAAUGAAAAGGGUAAAGAGCCUGACGCAAGCCAGUCCGGAAGUAGUGAAAAAUCUGAAAAUGAUGAAGAUCAGAAAGAUACAGAAAAUGAUAAAGAUAAUAAAGAAAAAGAACAACUGGAAGUAUAUAAAUAUACUAUAUCAACGUUUACUGGUGAUAAAGAUGAAUCAGGAACAGCAGCUAAUGUAUAUCUUGAAAUAUACGGCAAUAGAGGAGAUACAGGAAGACGACGCUUGUUAUCCUCUUCCGAAUAUGCUUUGGAUAAUUUCAAAUCUGGUCAAAAGAAUACUUUUAUUGUUGAAGCCGUAGAUUUACUUGAUUUAACUCAUGUUUUGAUUGGCCACGACGGAAAAGAACCUGGUAACGGUUGGUUUUUGAAUAAAGUUGUUAUUGAAGUUGAAACAAAAGGAGACGGCAAUAAGAAAUUUUUCUUCCCCUGUAAUCGAUGGCUUGACGAGGGAGAAGACGACGGUUUAAUAGAAAGAAAAUUAGAAGUGAAACCUGAAGGUGAACCAUGGCAUUUUGAUAUCAAGACCGGUUCCGAAGAGGAGUCCGAAAUAGAGGGAGAAGCAAUUCUAAUGUUGUACGGUGAUAAAGGAAAAUCUAAGCAGAUAACUUUAAAACCUCCAAGUGGAAAGUUUGAUAUAAAGAGUAUUGAAAAGUUUGACACACUAGUUGAGUAUGUUAAUGAUGAAAUUGGUGAGUUAUAUAAGGUUAUAGUUGGAUUAGCCGAAAAAGAAGAUUCAACCGAAACUGUUCUAUGGAAAUUGAAUCGUAUUGUCGCGAAGAAGUUGGAAGAACUACCUGAACCCAACGAUGAUAACGAAAACGAACCACCUAAAGAAGAUCCUAAUGAAGAAAAAGAAGAUAAUAAAAGUGAUAACAAAACUGAUGAGAAUGGCUCGGAUGAAGGUAAAAAAGACGAUGACAAAAAUGAAGAUAAUUCAAACAAAGAAAGUGAUGAGAAGAAGAAGGACGACGAAGAAAAUAAAGGAGAUAAAGAGGAAGAUAAAAAAGAUGAUAAUGGAGAUACUGAUAAAGACGAAAACAAAGAAGAUGCCGACGAUGACAUAGCUGACGAUGAGCUUCUCUUCAAAGCCAACAAAUGGCUAAAGUCAUCACCAGAAACUGAUAGUUGGCUAGAAAUUCCGCUGUUUAAAAAGAAUGCAGAAGAAAUGCUGAAAAUCUUAACAUAUACAAUCGAAAUUUAUACAUCCGAUUUGGAAAAUGCCGACACUGAUGCUCAAGCCUUUAUUGAACUACGAGGAGAACGCGGUGACAGUCAUAGAAGAAAACUAAAAAAAGGAAAGAGGAAAACAGAGGGAGCAUUAUUUCGUAGAGGCCGACGAGAUGUAUUUGACAUUGACUGCGUAGACUUGUCCGAACUAAAAUCCGUUUUACUUGGCCACAAUAAUGGAGGUUCAGCAAAUGGAUGGCACGUGAAUAAAGUAGUAGUUAGAGAGAGAAUGGAGACGAAGAAGAAAUUUACUUUCAAUUGCGACAAAUGGUUCGACGAGAAUCAAGAAGAAAAACUAAUUGAACGGGUCCUAGAACUUACCGAAGCCGUUGAUGACGAUGGUCCAAAUGAGGAUGAUUGGAAAUUAACACUAGUAACUAGUGACAAAGAAAAGGCUGACACUGAUGCUCAAGUCACAUUAACGGUGUUUGGAGAAAAUGGUAAUUCCGGUCCUCUGCCGAUAGCUGAACCAGGACAAGGAUUAUUCCAAAAGGGAGCGAAAGAUGAAGUAGAUAUCUUAGUUGACUAUAAUGAAGUAGGCAAACUAACCAAGGUCCGUUUAGAGCAUGACAAUAGUAAAGGUAACGAAGAAAGCUCUUGGCAUGUUGAAAAAAUAUUAAUGGAAAAUCUGCUAAGUGGAGACGAAUUAGAAUUCAAAGUUGAUAAAUGGUUGUCAGCCACCGAAGAAGAAGGAAACAUUAUGAUUGAAUUGUCUGCAGAAUGGCCAGAUAAAGAUCCUCUGGAAGUUAAAAAGUAUGAAAUAGCAAUAAAGUAUGGAAAAGAUUCAAAGUUAGAUAAAGGUCAAUUAGAUAUUACACUAUUCGAUUCCGAGAGUAAUGAUUCUGGGAAGAGACUCAUAUUUAAGAAAAAAGAUGGAGAAAAACCAGAUUUCAAAGAAGAGACGGAAGAAGAGUUUGUAAUUGAGGCCGUAGGUUUGCAAGAUAUUCAAGCGAUAACAGUAGGGUUACAGGGUGAGGAUGAUAAGGUCUUUAUUGAAACAGUGUCUGUUAAGGAUCCAGAUGAAAAGAUUGAGAGCUUCGAAUGCAACGAGAUGAUCGAGUCAAAGGGUGAAAGAACCGAAAAAAAGUUGGAAAAGAAAAACGAAGAUGACGAUAAAAAGGAAGAUGAUAAGGAAGAUGAUAAGGAAAAGGAUGGUGACGAAGGUGACAGCAAAGACAAAUAA